CGCGGGAGGCGGAGCGUCAAACAGGAAGACGCGCGCGUCACGGUACCGCAGACACUCUUCAGUCAAUCCGCGCUCGCAUCAUAUCAGAGAUGUGCACACAUCGCCUCUGGCGCGUCUUCGCUCUCCUCUAUCUGCCGUUUUUGGGAAGCGCCAUUGAUUUUAAAACGCGGACGGGACCGCGAGUGACGGACAAGGUGUUUUUUGACAUCACUGUCGGAGGACACGAGGUUGGCAGGAUCGUGAUCGGUCUGUUCGGAGAGGUCGCUCCGCUGACCGUGCAGAACUUCAUGGCUCUUGCCACAGGAGAGAAGGGUUAUGGGUACAAAGGCAGCAAGUUCCAUCGGGUUAUCAAGGACUUCAUGAUCCAAGGAGGAGACUUCUCUGUUGGAGACGGAACGGGAGGUAAAAGUAUCUACGGAAGCACGUUUGCUGACGAGACCUUCAGGCUCAAGCAUCUGGGCACUGGUUGGGUCAGCAUGGCGAACGCCGGACCCAACACCAACGGCUCGCAGUUCUUCAUCACCUUAGCCAGAGCGCCGUGGCUGGACGGAAAACACGUGGUCUUUGGCAAAGUCUUGGAGGGGAUGGCCGUGGUCCACACCAUCGAGCUCCAGGACACUAACGAUCGUAACCUGCCCUACACCGAGUGUGUGAUCGUCAACAGCGGCAAGAUCAAGCUCAAAGAGCCCUUCGUCGUGGAAGUGGAGGGAUGGUGAACCCUUCUUCAUCGUCUUCAUCAUAUAAUCAUAUGACUUUACGUUCUGUGACUGUUUCCUCCAUCGUAUCAUCGUUCGAUUCUCCUCCCACUAUGCAGGCACUUUAUAUGGAGUCACAUGUGUGUUCUCCAUCAUUCUGUAGGACGCUCUACUGCAGAAAUCAACCACACAUGCGUUUAUUACCAUCCUCUGAGUGCCAUAAGACACAUAUACUUGAAUUUGAAAUCUCGAUUAUUAGAAUUAUGAUGUGUAGAGACACAAUUAAGCUAUUAGAAUAAUCUUUUAUUUAUUGAGAAAAGUAAUGUACAUACGCUUCAUUUUGACUUUGUUUUGCCUUCAUAAUUAGCAACUAAAUCAGCCACUGAGAAGAUUUUCAUCACUGUCUCAAUGGAUUUUGAUAAUUAAUUGUAUACUGUCUGAAAGAACAUUUCAUAAUCAACCUACAUUUCAUAAUCAACAAUAUCAUUUAAAUUAGUUAUGGCUUUGCUAAACACAAAUCUGUAUUUGUAAAUGAUGUAUUUCAGAAUGAAACUAAAUAUUCACUGAGCAAGCACUUCAUGCACAAUAAGAGUAGAACCAUGAAUUAAGAUCAUAAACAGAAUGGGUUUGGAUUCAUGUUGACUUUAUGAUCAAUAAAACUCUCUGAAUAAAAUACUCUUCUCCAGAA